GCUUGACAUCUUAUUCUCAGAACGCUUAGGCUAGACGUUUGUCGACCAUGAAAAAUAGACAAAAAUAUUCUGACAAUCUUUUUCGACGAGAUGUUUGGUCUACGGUAACAGCUUCAAGUACUACUCUUUUUCGAAACAUUCGUGUAUGUGUAACGUAGAAGCUUGUGAAUUUUUUUUUUUUUUUUUUUUUUUUUAAUGUAUACACAUGUAUACACUUUGCGCGAUCAAUUUCAUGUGACAGUAUUAUAAAAACUGAUAAAUGGAUAAAACAAUUCCAAAGGCUAUUUUGGUUUUUGCUAUUUAGAGUAGUUCCGAGUGAAAUUCUAUUUCGUAACGAACAUAUAAUUUAAGAUAGAACGGUACUGAUCUACAUUUACAAUCAUUUAUUUGUAUUAACGUUCUAUCUACAUUAGUUAAUUGCAUGGCAGUGCGCGAAGAUGGUACAUUCGUCUUUUCGCAAUUUCGAUUAUGUUGUGGUGCUUAAUAAAUAGUAAAAGGUCGACAUUGACGCCAACGUGGUGAUAUACGCACGUUCAAAGUCGAAAUUCCUGAAGCGGGAUCGCGUAUUGUAAAUUUACGAGUCUCCCGCAUGAUAGGAAUUCGUAUUAUGUAAAUUCGAGCAUGUAACGCACCAGUCGUGCCUUUAAAUAAAGUCUUCUACAGUGUCAUGCACAACACGAAGCCGCGCGAUGUCCUAUUAUAUUAAUAGAUGUAGAUCCACCUGUUGUCUGACGUCGUCUACUGUUCCCAAUCGUCGCGGUUGAUCUUUCUUUGUCGUACAGGAACAAGGGCAUGGGAUCACUUGACAACACCCAGCAAUUCCUAAUUAAAAAAAAAAAAAAAAAAAAAAAACAACAAAAUUAUCUUUCAUUGGUUUACCAAAGAAUCUUAAGUAGAUUGCUACUAAUAACUAUGAUAGAGUGGAAAUAAUGAAUAAUCUGAUUAGGUAGUUGUUUGCAAAUGUCGUGUAUUAUCGUAGAUGUAGACGCAAAUUUCCUGACGUGAUCUCCUUUGAAAAUCAAGUAACACUGUAUACGAUUAGCUCUUUUAUAAUACCUAUUUAAAUAAAUGUAAAAGGUAUUUUAAUUAAAGUAAUCUAUUGUAUUUCCAUCCUGUUUAAUAUACCUUUCUUUAUGGAAAAUGCAUUAUCUUUCGUGGGAAAUUGGAGAUUGAUCAUUCCUUUAACUUUUCAAAUUUGUUUCCUAUUAUUCUCUGUAGGUGGCAGCAUCAUGCGAAUCGAAGUCAAUUUAGAUUCGAUUGUUUAUAAUUGUGAUCGUAUAUCAACAUAUAUCAAACGUUGUUGUUGUAAUAUUAUCUUAUUUAUUCAAAUUGACAAUUGAAUAUAGUUAAUAGUUAAAAGUAGAAAGAUCAACAAUACUCUCUUUCAUAAUUUGGUAGCAAUCAUUUGUCCGUAUAGAUUGUAAUUUAUUUUUACAAAGAUGACUGAUGCUUGGCAGAAUUGGAGUCCCUAUGCCAAAGAAUAUGAUCCUUUGAAAGCUGGGAGUAUUGAUGGCACAGAUACAGAGCCACAUGAUAAAGCUAUUAGCCAUGCAAUGGAAGCACAUUAUGAACCACCUCGUGGAUUGAAAUCAAAACCAGAAAGAACAUUAUUUGUGGCUAGAUUUGGACCAAAAGUUACCAGACACGAUUUGAAGGAGUUCUUCUGUAGGUAUGGAGAUGUUAUAUCAGCCAAAGUUAUAGUUGAUAUCGUAACUGGCUUAUCUCAAGGUUAUGGAUUUGUGGAAAUGAGAACAGAGGAUGAAGCCAGAAGGGCAAUUAGACGUAGCGCUGAUGCUAUGCUGAAAGGUCACAAAAUUUUUGUUGAUUAUGAAUGUGAUCGUACAAUGAAAGGUUGGAAACCUAGAAGACUUGGUGGUGGUUUUGGUGGCAAAAAAGAAUCAGGGCAGCUUAGGUUUGGUGGGAGAGAUAGACCUUUCAAAAAGCCAAUUGUACCUAAUAUCAUAAGACCCCAUAAUUAACAUAGUUUUAAUUUUAUACAGUGAUAGAUUAAAUUAUUAAUACAACAGGUGUUUAGAAUUUUGUAAUGUAAAGCUAUAUUGUUACACUUGUAUUUGAAAGAUGUGUCCGUAAACUGUUUUGAUCUUGAUUUUGAUCCAAUAUAAAUACUUCAUUUAAACCCAUUAGGAACAACUCUGAAAUAUUACGACUAUUAUUACUGUUGAAAUCCUAUUUUUCAUUCGAACAAAUGUUACAUGAGA